AUGGGUCAGGAGGAGCCAAAAGGCGAGUUUUCCGAAACUAGGUCACUUUCAGUACGACGAUCUUGUCUAACCGUGCAACAGGAUCUUUCAUUUUUAAUCAGUAAAAUUUUAGGGUUUUGGCAGGAUUAG